AUGGUGCCGUCAGCCAAUUUACUUGGUUUUGCGGGCGGAGAGCUCGCGAAAAAGCUGCCCAAGGUGUUCGGUGUCCUGUUAGAGACGACACUGACAUCGGUCGUGGAGAUAGUCCUUUUCAUGGUUCUGCUCCACAAAGAUGAAGGAGGAAACCUUAUACCUGUAAUCCAGGCUGCUAUUUUGGGGUCUAUCUUGGCAAACCUCUUGCUCUGUUUAGGACUAUGUUUCUUUUUCGGAGGGCUUCGUCGCGAACAUCAGUCUUUCCAUGAGGCUGUAAGCGAAGUGGGCACGGGGCUCUUGCUGGUCGCGGGCUUUGGCCUACUGAUUCCAAGUGCCUUUCACUCGGCAUUGAGCGGAAGCCCGUCGAAUAUAAAUAUCUCACCAGAAGAGCUAUCACAUUCCACUCUGGUCAUCAGCCGGUCUACCUCUGUCAUCCUUCUUGUGGCUUUUCUGAUGUACUUGUUCUAUAAUCUGCGCAGCCAUCAUAGUAUAUUUGACGAAGUGCUUGAGUUGGAUGAACACCAAGACGAAGAUCGAGAGAAAGAACUCAAGCGAGCGAAGCUUACAUUAACUGAAUGUUUUCUAGCUAUUGUCAUAUCAUUGGUUUGUGUCUGCAUGUCGGCAGUGUUCCUGGUCCAAGAGAUUGAAAGCAUUGUUCACGAAAGAAACGUGUCGGACAAUUUCAUGGGCCUGAUUCUUGUUCCCCUGGUCGAAAAGGCAGCAGAACAUCUGACCGCCAUCGAUGAAGCCUGGGAUAACCAAAUUAAUUUCGCACUCUUCCAUUGCCUUGGUCCAUCAAUCCAGACGGCCUUUCUGAAUGCACCACUCGCAGUCCUAGUAGGUUGGGGCCUUGGCAAGGAUAUGGGCCUUAACUUUGAAAUAUUCAUGAUUGUUCUGGUAGUCCUGUCUAUCCUCGUUGUGGGUAAUUUCUUGCGUGACGGAAAGUCCAAUUAUCUUGAAGGAGGACUUUGCGUCUUGAUUUAUGUGAUCAUCGCUGUUACAACGUGGUAUUACCCCAAGGUCGAACCUCAGGGUAUCAAGUUGGCCCACCAUGAAGCAUAA